UUUGGUAUAUUACUCUUAAUACAAAUGGAUAUUGAUUCUUCAGAUACGACAGUCAUUAGCUCUCCGGUUCCAGAAAAUGCUCCCAACGAACCUGAGGAUACUCCACUUACAACCAAGCGAAAGGGACGUUUUAACAUCGCUUUGUAUUCGAAACGAAGAAAACUUAUCAUGGAAGAGCUUGUAGACGAAAAGCUAGCAGCAGAUGUCAAAGUGAAAAGCCUGCAGAAUAAAAUCAACUAUCGUAAGCGCAAGGCUGAUGAUCUAGAAACACUGGUGCCUGCACCGAAGCAACGACCAAGAAUGCCUAACACAGAGAGUAUGAUCUGCAAAGAAAAUAGUGAUCAUAUUAAUUUAUCUAAAGCUCAAAGUCAAAGAAGAAGAAAAGCAACACUUAGGGCUUUAAAGCCUAUACACUGCAAUCAAAGAUCAACUGACCAAACCCCAAUUAUGAAUGGGAUGUGGUCAACGCUGAUAAAUGAAAACCCAACACAGGUCAUAGAGUCCUUAAUGACAACUUCAAAGGUCUGCACUACCAAAGUCAUUCCUAGCAUUGUAAAGAAUAAUGUGACAAAGUAUGAAAAAAGUCAAGAGAACUUUGUACGAAGCACAGCCCUGCUUUACAAGGGGGGUUUACUAACAAAAACCAAGUACAAGGAAUUAAGGAAAGACAAAGCAGACUUUAUGCAAGGAGUGUCAGUACCGCGACCUGUAGCUUAUGAUAGGUUGAUGUCAUACAUAAAAGGAAUAAACAUGGGGGAUGUGUAUGAUCUCCAAGUAAGUAGAACAAACAGAGCAAAUGCAGGGGAACCGUGAAAUAAAAACAAACUAGAUAUUACUAUAGAUACUAACAACUAUUUGUUGACAAAUUGUUCAUAUCAAUCAAUCAAUCAAUCAAUCAGUUUGAAAUAGUUAUGCAUGGUAUUUUUUGUCUGAUUGAUUGUGUUCUGGUUGAGUGUUACUAACAAUUUUUCAAUAAAUAACUAUAUUUAUCUUAUUUGUUUUUUAUUUCAGUUUUCCUGCAUUAGUUCUAUAUGCCAGGAUAUAUCAAAUGAAAUGUUUGUACAAUCAUUGAUUUUUUAGAGUGCAAACACUAUACCCGUGAAAUAGAUAGCUACACUAAAUAUCGCCUAAUUUUGGCCAAUUCAAUGGAUUAAUCAGCACUAAUUAGUGGUAAUUAGUUCCUAUUUAUUUCAUGGGUAUAAUGUUUGCAAUCUAUUGAUUCUUAAUCCAUUAAACACAUAAACAAGGGACAGUGAACAUUUGGAUUAUUAUUCUGUAUUGUUUAGAAUUUCUAAUGAGUUGCUUAAAAUUGGCAAUUAAAAGCCACUUCAUAGAAAUUAAAAAUAUUGUUAUUUUUAUUUCAAUAGGAUUUUGCUAAACAGAAAGGGAAAUGUCCAGUACAUGGAGUCUAUCGGUCUUUGGAGACCUUGCUUUUAAGGCUAGCUGACAUGUACUUAAUGCUAAAUGAGCACUCCAACAUCCUUCAUUGGUUUAAUGACCAAAAAGGAAAAUUCAUUGUGGCAAUUGGGGCUGAUGGAGCCCCUUUUGGCAAAGACGAGACAGCAACUUCAUAUUUAGUGAGUCUUUUAAAUGUUUUAGAAGGGGUACAAAGUUGUGACCACAACUACUUAUUAAUGGGAGGGAAUUGUGACGAAACUCAUGAACUGAUGUACGAGUAUACCAAACAUGUUAUCAAGGAAAUGGAGGAGAUAGAAGUGAAGGAAUAUGAGGUGCGUGGUAUCAAGAUAUCAUUUCAAUGCAGACUUAUUCCCAGCGACCAGAAAUGGAUGGCGAGUAUGUCUGGAGAAUUAAACAAUGCUGCGACCUACUUUUCAACGUUUGCCAAUGUCUCGAAGAGUAAUAUGAAGACCAUAAAUGGUAAAAUUGGCCAUGACUCAAGCAGCACUUGGAAAAAAUGGGCAUAUGAGAAAAGAUUGAAGGAUGCAGAAUCUGUCAAGUCAUUCAAAGAGAAGAACAAAAUUCCAGACGGUUCGAAAGCCAAUAACCAUCGAAAAAAAGUAACUGAGUACAUUGCAUCUAACAACUCAAGACAAGAGUUCUAUCCUCCACUAGGGAAAUUUGUUAAGUACCUUUACCCAGAGCCUCUUCACAACAGCAACAACGCAUGGCAGCAAUGGAAUUUAGAUGUUUUAAACACUGCCAUACAUCUAACCAAUAAAGCUGACAUCAACAAAGCUAAUGGGAACAUUACACUUUUGCCAAAGCAUUCAGCACUGGCAAAAUACAUGAGCUUGCUCAAAGACACCAUUAAGGCUGGAAGACUCUACAAGAAGGUGGAAAGAUGGUUCAGUGAAAAGAAAAAGACUGAAGACUUUUCCUACAGGUUUACUGGGAAGGAAUCUAAACUGUUCUGCUGGCAUUUCAUGAAGAUCUGCUGUGUAUUGAUUGAAACUCAAGCCAUUCCAAAGACCACCUUACUGCAUGUCUAUAGCCUGGCAUAUUCAGGUCUGUGUUUACGGAACUGUGUUUCCCUUUAUAGCAGGGUUCACAUCAGCGAGAGUGACAUUAAUGUUCUUAAGAAUGAGUGUGAGCAGUAUUACAACUGUCAAGCUCUAUUCUUGGCCAAUGUCAAACCAACCACAUGGACAAUUGGAAAAGCAAUUCCAUACUACACAGAUGAGAUAUAUAAUGAUUUGGGGUUUGGGCUCGGCUUGAAUAGUAUGCAAGGCAGGGAAGCUAAGCAUAUAAAGCUCUCGUCUUAUGCCAAAAACACUACCAAGGGUAAACACCUUCGGUGGUGGCAAGUUUUUAAGCAUGAGUUCAUGGAACUGAUAUGGCUUAAAGAAACUGAUUCCAAGCAAGUGGCCAAAAAAUUGCAUUGCACAAAUCAUUCUGAAAAUGAUGCUCAAGACAAACCUUCCAAGGAUAAGUACAUCCCUCCAUACUCUAUCAGCAACAAUGAAUUUUGUGCUUGUGGUCAGCCUAAGUCAGUUCCUGUGGCUUCCUGUUCUAUUUGUUCCUCGGAUGAAUUCAAACUAGUAGUGAAAUCAUGCAAGGAGGGUAAAAUUGACAAUAGAGUGCUUACACUAUGUCCAUGAAAUAAGAUCAUAUUAAGUAUUUUCUAACAGUUCUUAUUUAGAGACUAUUUAGUCAUCAGUCAACCAGAACAUUCAUUAUUACACAAAUACAUAUAUACACAAGAGACCACUUUAAUUAUUCUUUGUGUAAUGAAUGUUCUGUUUGACUGAUUGUGACUAAAUAGUUUCUAAAUAAGAACUGUUAGACAAUAACAACUUUGAUCUUGUUUCAUGGACAUAGUGUAAGAAUUCUACUGUAUUAUCAUGUCUCAUCAUGACUCACAAUGAACUUUUUUAUUCUAGCCAUUUUAUCAUAUUUAGAAAUCAUAUAUAAUCAUUCCAGUAAUGCUAAAUAUUUCUCUCAUUCUACUGAGGAUGACAUUAUGAAUAUGUUCAUAUUACUGGUUGUUCUUCCAUUGGUUGUUGUCCAGAAACAAUUAUAUGACAAUUAAAGAACAAUAAACAAGAACAUUUCUCCCA